AUGCUAAGACUCCCUGCUGCUAUCUGCUGCUAUCUGCUGCUAUGUUUGGUGCGAGCUUCGAAUUUCUAUGAUCGCGAUGAACACAUCAUGGAACUUACACCCGCUUCUUUCGAUAAAGUGAUCCAUCAGACAAACUACACAACCAUAGUCGAGUUCUACGCACCAUGGUGUGGAUAUUGCCAGGAAAUGAAAGGCCACUUCAAAUCAGCCGCAAGAAUGCUCUCUGGCAUUGUGCAGGUCGCCGCUGUCAACUGUGACGAAAGCGUGAACAAACAGCUCUGCGCCCAGCACAGAGUGUCCGGUUUCCCAACAGUAAUGGUGUUCAGGCCGCCAAAAUUCGAUUUGAAUAAUCAAAACCAUGGUAAUGCCGAUGCAUCCUCCAUCGCAUCGUCUCGCCAUGCUUCGGAAACCUACAAAGGUGAGCGGAAACUCAAACCCAUGGUCGAUUUCGCUCUCUCUCGAGUCAAGAACUACGUAAAGAAGUUGAACCGGUACGAAAAAUUCGAGGACGUGUUGAAAACAGACCGUUCCAGAUAUGCGGUCAUUCUCGUCACUAAGAAAGACAAGGUCCCUUCUUUAUUCAAGGCCGUGGCGCUAGACUGGCUUGGAAUCCACGAUUUCUACGCAAUUUGGAACAAAAAACUAAAUGGUGUUUCCCAACUGACAUUCCAAGACGACACCUCCCGUUGGCCAAAUGCCAUUGAGUACAUAAAAUCUCUUGAAACUACGGCUGGUUCGCUCGAAUCGCCUAAAAUAAUCGUCAUCGAUAAACAAAACGACACGGUGUCAGAAUUAGACUUGGUUAAAGAAAAUGGAAAGCAACAGAUUGCUGAAUUCCUAUCCAAUUUUGGCCUGACGCCUAGAGAGGGACCACUCAGUAAAAGAGAUGAGUUUAUCCAAUCCAUAGUGAAAAAGGCAGAUCGUGCUAAAAGCUCGAAGUCCAAAAAGCAGGCUAAGGCUAAGGCUAAGGCUAAGGCUAAGGCUAAGGCUAAAUCCAAAUCCAAAUCCAAAUCCAAAUCAAAGGCUAGCGAAUCCCAGUCCAAAUCAAAGGCCAGCGAAUCCCAGUCCAACUCCGAACCCCACCAAAAUACAAUGGUAGACGAUGAGCUAUGA